CAGCAGGAGGAGAACAGCUGCCCCGGUUCAUGGCUCCCGUCACCAACUACACGGCCGCUGUGGGCAAGACGGCCGAUCUCACCUGUCGUGUGCAGAACCUCACUAAGUAUAAGGUGGCGUGGUUCCACAUGGAUCGUAAAAUGCUGUUGGCGAUCCACAAGACGGUGGUGACGAGGAUGUCCCGCUUCUCCGUGGUUCAGGACGACCAGAUGACGUGGUCCCUCCAUAUCGACGACGUGACCCGGGAGGAUAAGGGGAAGUACAUGUGUCAGGUCAACACCGAACCCAUGAUCAGCCAAGUGGGUUACCUGGAUGUCGUGGUGCCGCCGGUGAUCGUGGAUGAACUGAGCAGCGGGUCGAGCGUGGUGGUGCAGGAGAACGGCAACGUCACCCUUACCUGCCACGCUGAAGGUAACCCUGAACCUAAGAUCUCUUGGGUGAGGGAAGACCAGAGGCACAUUACCCUCAGCAAAAGACGCAAAGUCAGUAAGCUGGAAGAGUCAACACUUGGCCUGAGUAAAAUCCGGUCCUCCGUCUCCAAGCGCAUAGAACUCAAAGUCCAGUUCUCUCCCAUCGUACUGCUCCCCAACCAGCUCAUGUCGGCGCCCCUAGGAUCCUCCGUGUGGCUGGAGUGUAAGACGGAGGCCUACCCGAGGGCGGUGACCUUCUGGAAACACAACUACACGAUGGUCAUGUCCACCAACAAGUACAAACUGGAGGAAUUCCACCACGAUGACUACACGACGACUGUCAAGCUCAACAUCAAACAGUUGGAGCUUGGAGACUUCGGCAAGUACCUGUGUUACUCCAGAAACUCCUUUGGGGAAAACGAUGGCACGGUGGAUUUACAUGAGCUGAAGCGUGACCACCCCAAUGAUAACAAGGUGAAGAACAUCCAAGACGUGGAGAAGAUCAACACCAUCGAACAGUACCCGCUGGAGCGUCAGGGUGGGCGGGGCCAGAAUCACGUGAUCUUUGACAUGGAAGACAACGGCAUCAUCCCCGCCAGCAACAAUAUCAACAAUGACGUCACAAAAGGGGGAGUGGAGCAGAAGAGUCAACUGGGGAGAGAGAGAGGCAAGAAUGACAUCUUCUCCAGCAUCCUCUCUGGCAACGCAGGUUUAAGAGCGUCUCCUGUCUGCCCAACGAUGGUUCUCCUCAUAGCACUAUCUGCCCUCCACGCCCACGUCACCAGAUGAAGGGCGAAUAUCCCUAUUAGCACCAUGAGAGAAACGACCCAUCUUAUCAUUGGUCCAAGGCCAGGAGAGGAAGCAGACUCCCGCCUUGUGGUUCAGCUUGACCUUCACAAUAUGUAUAUCAAUUGACAUAUUUUUUAUUACGAUUUUUUAUGUUCUAUAGUAUACUGGGACGUUGUAGGUCACGUGAUGGCGGCUUGUUUAUAACCCCACGGGAGUCAUUCUAGGAGCCAAUUGGCCUUUUAGCUCACCAUAUGUUGUGUGUGUGUGUGUGUGUGUGUGUGUGUGUGUGUGUGUGUGUGUGUGUGUGUGUGUGUUUUGAUGUCAUUCUCUGUACCCGGAAGUGAGGUCAACUCUGUCCUUGUGUGUGUAGAGUUUGUCAUCCUUGCCGUAGACUGACCUUCCCCUCUGCUGCUGUGACCUAUGAUGACUUAAUGACCCAUAAUGACCUGUCUCUGCUGCCACUUAACCUCACAUGACCUUCCAAGUGACAGAGAUUGACCCUAGUUAACUUGACAGCAUUGCCAACGACCCAAAUUGACCUAACAGUGUUGCCAAUGAUUCACAUUGACCUAAGAUUGUUGACCUUGUCUUAGAUCGACGUAACAGCGGUUCCAAUGCCCCAUAUUGACCUAGAUUGACCUAUCAGCGUUGCCAAUGACCCAUAUUGACCUAGAUUGACCUAAUAGCGUUGCUAAUGACCCAUAUUGACCUAGAUUGACCUAACAGCGCUGCCAAUGACCCACCUCUCCCGCUCAAUUCUAGCAACCAUAUCUAUCUCUGUUAAGGCGUAAGGUCCGCUGCACUUAACUACACGUGUGUUACUGUAUGUGUCCCCGUCUAGCUCCUUACGAGGGACGUACAGUAGGUGUGCCUAGUGUGUGUGUGUGUGUGAACCCCGAUAGUGACGCAGAGUGAUGGAAACAAACGGGAGGUGACGCAGAGUGACAGAAAGUGACGUAGAGUGACGCAGAGUGACGGAAAGUGGCGCACAGUGAUGGAAAAUGACACAGAGUAACGGAAAGUGACGUAGAGUGACGGAGAGUGACGCAGUGAUGGAAAGUGACGGAAAGUGAAGCAGAGUGACAGAAAGUGACGUAGAGUAAUAAAAAGUGACGGAGAGUGACGUAGAGUGACGGAAAGUGACGCACAGUGAUGGAAAAUGACGGAGAGUAACGAAAAGGGACACAGAUUGACGGAAAGUGACACAUUGACGGGGUGCGAUUGAAACACAGCUACUUUCAGAGCCAGAUUGAAGGUGACAACAGACAGUGACCCCCCAUUAUGUACAGUACGUGUUGGUUGUGUAAACACUAACGCUCAAGUGACGCUCAAGUAGUGUUUGUGUACUCAUGAGACGCCUUCAGAGUGUGUUGAUGUGUUUGAACCUUCAGCGGCCUGUAAACACGUUACUUAUUCAUCGUUGUUGGGUUUUCUAAAUGGCGAUAACACAGUGAAGGUUCAUUAAGUGAUAUUGUGAUAGAAAAGCAUUGAAUUCCCACAUUUAUAGACAAUUAGAAUGUAUUGAAGUGUCAGAUUACGUUUAGAAACAAAAGAAGAUCGUAAAAGUAUAAGGAACUGAACCACAGACACAGGUGGCUAAACAAAAAAGAUAAAUGGAAGUGUGUGGAAGGUUUUCAAGAGGUUUUGAUCCCUUGUUCUGUGCGGAGAUAGAGAUCCGACUCCGAUAGUUUGAAGUUGGGUGCUUCCUGACCUCUCGUGGAGCUGGUGAUCCGAUCCCUUAUGCUUGUAACCUGUAGCUUGGUUCUUGUGCUCGGUAGAAAAUACAGUAAUAAACUGCUGAAAUUUAAUUACGGUAAAAAUCUUGCUUACAGAUGAAAUUCCUAAAAAAAAAGUAAAAUGAACAGUUAUGAUAGAUGUUACCGUAUAUCAGAUCAACGUCACCUCGGCAAACCAUGACGUCAACUAAAUGAUGACGUCACCAGAGAAGAUAACAUCCCGACAACAAACCAUGACGUCAACUAAAUGAUGACGUCACCAGAGAAGAUAACAUCCCGACAACAAACCAUGACGUCACCUGAGAUUCAAAGCAGAUGAAAUGGCAGUGUGUGCGUAUAUACCAUGAAUGAGAGACAAGAGACAUGCGUAAGAGACAAGAGAGACGUGUGGUGCAGCCAUGUCCUUGAAGUAAAGAUUAAGAGUAUACGAAUAUUCACUAAUAUUAUUGUUCGGUGUUUCCAUAUAAACGAAGCAGAUCUAUAAAUAUAUAUAUAUGAAUACUAUAUCUUUUGAUUGUUAUAUUGCCUUCCUAACCCUCCCCCCUCCCUCCCUCCUAUCUCCCCUCCCUCUCUCCCCUCUCCCUCUCCCUCUCUUCUCCCUCUCAUAGUACCUAACCUAACCUAACCUAACCUAACAGUUCAGUAUUUUUCCACGAGUCCCACAGGAGUGUUAAAGGUCACCUGUUUGUUUUGGUUAGGUCAUGUUUUUUGUGUGUGUAUGAAUAUUGUGUAUUAACAUUAUAUUGCUGUGGACUCAGGUAGGGUUGGUGACACGUGAAGUGGUAUGGAGAAUGUUGAUCUCUCUCUCUCUCUCUCUCUCUCUCUCUCUCUCUCUCUCUCUCUC